AUAUGUUAUAGACAAAUUAGAUAAAUUAUUAAUUAGGAUCAGUUGCAUUUUAGGUUUUAAAGCAGGGGUCACCAAACUUGUUCCUGGAGGGCUGGUGUUCUGCAGAGUUUACCUCCAACUUUCCUCAACACAUGCCUGGAAGUUUCAAGUAUACCUAGUAAGACCUUGAUUAGCUGGUUCAGGUGUGUUUAAUUAGGGUUGGAGCUAAACUCAGCAGGGACACCGGCCCUCCAGGACCGGGGUCUGGUGACCCCUGUUUUAAAGAAAAAAAAAACAAGGUGGUGAUUACCAUUUGGUUAUGCUGUGCUGAACAAUCGUUAACAGAAACCCACACACUGUUGCUGCAUGUUGCUUCCACUUCAGUGAACAGUUGUGGUCAAUAAGUUUGCAUACCCCUUGCAGAAACUGCAAAGUUUUAAUAAUUAAAAAAAGAGGGAUCCUAAAAAUUGCAUUUGUUUUUUGUGUAUUGGGUUAUAUGAGCUAUUUCAAAUAACAUGUUUGAAUAUAAUCCACAAGACUGAAUAACUGAAUUGAGCCCCACAAUUGUGUGGAAAAACCUGAUUUCACCAAUUUAUAAUCACUGUUGGAAUGAGGGAAAAUAUGCAGAGGAUGCUGUAAAACCAAAAAGAACUAUGACCAGUAUAACCAACCAGGGGUGUGUUUCCCAAAAGCAAAUAUGGCUGCAAAUUCUGUUAUUACCAGUUGAGUUCAAUGGAACUAAUGACCAUAGUUAGCUAAAGAUGCUUUUGAGAAAAACACACCCCAGGGUAAUCAAAGGACACAUGAACAACUAUUACAAAACUACUUAUCAUUCAGCUAACAACACUCAGUAUUAAAAAGCAAAAGUAUAAACACUACAUAAACACACAUCUGUUGUGUGAAAUAGCUUAUUUAUGGUAGUAUAAAACAAAAUUCUAUUUGUAUCUGAAACGGUUAAAAACAUGUUGCAGGUUCUGCAAGGGGUAAAUAAACUUACAGCUGCAACUGUAUAUAACACUUUACAAAAAUAAUCACAAGUGACCACCAGUUUUUGAUUUUACUUGCUGUUAAAACUACUGUUCAAACAAAGUUUGUUUGUUUUUUUUAACAGUGGAUCCUCUGCACUGAAUGGGUGUUGUCAGAAUAGGAGUCCAAACAGCUGAUAAUAACUACACAGUCUACACAGCUCCAGUCCUUCAGUUUACGACUUGUGAAGCGAAAAACUGAAUGUUUGUAAGAAACAAAUCACUUCAAAUCAAGCAAACCAUAAUUUUUAAAUUCAAACCAUCGUUUCUAGGUAAAAUACAAGUCCUCAAUCCAUAAUAUUGCUUUCUCCAGGUGAUCAUCCCAUCUGAAUCAGUGGAGUUGUGUGAAUUAUUGUGAUGUUUUUAUCAGCUAUUUGGACAUUCUAACAGCACCUAUUCACUGCAGAGGAUCCAUUGGUGAGCAAGUGAUGUAAUGCUACAUUGCUCCACAUCUAUGAAGAAACAAACUUAGCUUUAUCUUGGAUGAUCUAAUUUUCAUUUUUGGGUGACAUUCAUUGGAUCACCUGAUGCACUAAAUAGGUGACCACAUGAACAGAAUUAAAAUGUUGAAAAUGUAAGGCUAAAAAAGUUGCACACAUACACAUGCAAGAAAUGAAUUCAGGCUGAUUGGGUUACAUUUUCGUCUUCACAUGUAAUGACAAAAAAAAAAAAAAAAAAAAACGUAAAAAUGUUAACCAGUGUAUACCUGAACUAUUAUUAUUAUUGUUAUUAUUAUUAUUUUUCAUAAAACGUUUCUUAUAAUGUCAAAAUGUGGCAGAAACCAUGAUAUUAGUUUUUGGUGCAAUAUUGCUUUGACAUAAAAAUGCAAUAGCGUUUCUUCAGUUAUACCCAUUUCUAUAAGCAAUUUAUCAUUUACAUUUAUAAAUGUAAGAUGCUUUUAUCUAAACAGAUUUACGUUGCAUUCAACGGAUACAUUUUUGCCCGUUUGUAUCCGCCACCCUUGUUUGUUUGUUAAGAAAAAGGUUAGUUUAAGUCAGUCAGCAUAUGCCUGUUUGUGAUGUUUGGCGCGUGCGCUCUGAAAGCAGUUAUCAAACAGCCAUGUUGAGUCUCUGAGACAGAAAUGACUCAAUAUCCCACUGAAAUAAGGAUAUAUAUCUUCACGACAGGCUGAACAUAAGCGCGUCAACACGGCUGUCAUCGAAAAGCCAUCCAGAGGUGCUUCCAUCUUAUAUCACCUCUUCCCUGUAGCCAGGACUUUUCCUUCUGCAAAACUCUUCCCAUCAGAUUUGUAAUUUGCAAUAUAAUAAACACAGUGCUGAACUGUGUGUCAUGUCAGGACCUGUGGCAAGUCGUGCCAGAGUCUACGCUGAGGUGAACACACACCGGCCCAGAGAAUACUGGGAUUAUGAAUCUCAUGUUAUUGAGUGGGGCAAUCAAGAUGAUUUUCAACUGGUCCGCAAGUUAGGCAGAGGAAAAUACAGCGAAGUGUUUGAAGCAAUCAACAUUACAAACAAUGAGAAAGUAGUGGUGAAAAUCCUAAAGCCUGUAAAGAAGAAGAAGAUAAAGCGUGAAAUAAAGAUUCUUGAGAACCUUCGUGGAGGUCCAAAUAUCAUUACCCUCCUAGACAUCGUCAAAGACCCAGUGUCCAGGACACCUGCCUUAGUUUUUGAACAUGUGAACAACACAGACUUUAAGCAACUGUAUCAGACACUGACAGACUAUGACAUUCGCUUCUACAUGUAUGAGAUUCUAAAGGCUUUGGAUUUCUGUCACAGUAUGGGUAUUAUGCACAGAGAUGUCAAACCACACAACAUCAUGAUUGAUCAUGAGCACAGAAAGUUGCGUCUUAUUGACUGGGGACUGGCUGAAUUCUAUCACCCAGGACAGGAGUACAACAUCAGAGUGGCCUCUCGCUACUUUAAAGGACCAGAACUACUGAUUGAUUACCAGAUGUAUGACUACAGUCUUGACAUGUGGAGCCUUGGUUGUAUGCUUGCCAGUAUGAUCUUUAGAAAGGAGCCAUUCUUCCAUGGACAUGAUAACUAUGACCAGUUGGUGAGAAUAGCUAAAGUUCUUGGAACAGAAGAUCUUUAUGAUUGCAUUGAUAAAUACAACAUUGAGCUGGAACCUCGAUUUAAUGACAUUCUGGGAAGACAUUCCCGUAAGCGAUGGGAGCGGUUCGUUCACAGUGAAAACCAACACUUGGUCAGUCCUGAGGCUCUUGACUUUCUGGACAAGUUGUUGCGUUAUGACCAUCAGACCAGACUGACUGCAAGAGAGGCCAUGGAGCACCCCUACUUCUUCCCUGUUGUGAAAGAUCAGGCUCGCAUCAUAGGAUCAACUACUGUGCCAACAACUAACACUGCAGUGAGCACUGCCACUAUGAUAACAGGAAUAGCUGCGCUUCCAGCCUCCACAGCUCUAGGACCGCUGACUGGUUCCCCCAUUCUCAUGGCUCCCAGCAGCCUAAAUACUCCAGUGCCUGCAGCCACGGGGGCCGCUCAGUGAUGUCACUGUACCUGUCAGUCCACACCAAACCUGCUGAGGAUCUCUGGGACUGUUGUUAGAUAGAGCUCUUCAGCACCACCAUUUCUCAGUUUACCCAACAAUGCAGCAUGAGUUGAUCUGAAAUUGAAUGCACUUCAUCAUGAGAUGUUCACCUUCAUGCAUUUACCUCAGGCAUAAGUAUGCAGGAUGUGUUUGAGAGCUUAUUCAAAGAAAGAGAAACAUCCCUUGUGAUAUUACAUACAUUGUCAUGCCAUUGAACAGCUUAGCUUUACUUGAAAUGGAUGGA